UGUACUCUUUCCCAUGGCACAGGCUUGCUUGGCAAAUGGGGCUGCCUUUUUAAACUUUGGCAGCAAAAUGUCUAUUUUAAACCAGAGGUUAGGUUUACUUUUAUUUUACAGCUGGGUAUAUUUUAAAUUGUGUUUUUCACUUGUAACGAAAGUCAGAAUUUGGGGUUCUUGGAACCAGUGAAAAAAGGUUUUCCUCACAUCGUUUGUAUUUACUGGGUUAUAACUUUUCUACUCUUUUCUGGUUCUUCAUGUUUUUAAAACUCUUAGCAUUUCACAACAGUAUUUGGAACUUGCUUGCAUUUGUCUGUUUCUGCAUAAAUUUUUCUUUAAGUGGUAAAUUAAAAUCAACUUUGCUGUCCCAGGAGUAUCAGCUGACACACUGUUCAGGUGCUUGUUUAAUGCCACCACAGACAUUUUGAACUACAACUACGUAUUUGUUGGAAAGGGCUGUUAAAUAUCUGGAAACGUUGCAUACACAGAUUGAGUAAUAUCUGAUCCGCAUAUUUUCCUCUUUUAUUUUUUAACUCAUCUACUUUUUAGUGUAUGUUUUCUGUCUUUAACAAGAGUUCCAGUCAGGAACUUGGCUGUUUGAAAUUCAGUAAGAAUUCGAUCCUUGAAAUUUACUAUAAGUCUGAUCAAAUUACUUACCUUCCUUGGCCUUGUUUUAUGGGUAGAACUGAAAUGUUUGCUGUUUAUGUAGCUCUUGGGGAUGUUGAAAUGCUUAAUUAUGCUUUGAAAAGUGUUUUGAGAGGUGAAGAGAAACAUUUCAUGCAAGUAUGAAGCAUUUUGCUUCGUUCUGUUCUUGCAAGUCCCCAGGCUGUCAGGCUUUCAUUAAUAAUCUGCCUCCUGACUGACUCCGUUACCAGAAUAACGUGAGGAAAGAAUUUCCAUUUCAACAGGUGAUGUUCUCGCUCUCAGUACAAUUCUGUGCUGUACAUACAGUGUCUUCUGUCAGUGCUCUUUGCAUGUGCAAAGGGCCAGGCCGUUUUCCUGCCACACUUUCUGCUUCCAGGCUCUAGGAAAAUGUGUUUUUUUUAAUCAGUAAACAUAUUUAUAGGAUAAAAUAGCUCAGAAGAAUGUGAUGAGCCACUGACUGGUUUGAGCCGACUCACUGUUAUCUCCCACUUGGGUGCUUUGUCUUGGGGGAGUAGAUGUGUUUGUGCAUAUCUGGCUGCUGAUCUUUUGGUUAUACGUGGUUGCAGUGGAUUGAAGGAUCCUACGUGAUGUUUUCAUCAACUUUCUUCCUCUGCAAGUCUCGAUUACUGCUAUUCCUCUACUUUGUGAAGAAGACUGAUGGCAUUUACUAUGAAUCUGUUUACUUUGUUUUAUUUUGUUAACACUGAAGGACAGGAGAAGGGGAAGAAGAUCAGUUGGACAGAAAAAAUGCUCUGCUCUGGAGGAUUCCCCUCCCUUCAUUCCUCUAGGAGUCAGCCCUGCCUGCCCCUCUGCUGCUGACAGAGGUUUUCAGGCUGUUACAGUUUCAUCCUGCAGGGUCUUGAUAUGCUUCCUAAAAAGAUGAACUGAAACAGCUGCAGAUACUGGCACCUCUUUUUUUCCACAGAUACCAGUAUGGUAAAGUGAACAAUCAGAAUAAUGUUCAACAUAAACCUGUUGGAGAACCUGAAGGUUUACAUCAGCAGUCGACCUCCGCUUGUGGUCUUUAUGAUCAGUGUAAGCGCUAUGGCAAUAGCUUUUCUGACACUGGGUUAUUUCUUCAAAAUCAAGGAGAUCAAGUCACCAGAAAUGACAGAGGACUGGAAUACUUUCCUUCUGAGGUUUAAUGAUUUGGACUUCUGUAUAUCUGAGAAUGAAACCUUAAAGCAUCUCAUCAACGAUACCACAACUCCAGAAAGUACGGUGACUAGUGGACAGGCGAGAUCUUCUACACAGUCUCCACAGGCUCUUGAGGACUCUGGUCCAAUAAACAUCUCUGUUACAAUCACUUUGACGCUGGACCCACUCAGACCAUUUGGGGGAUAUUCUCGCAAUGUCACACAUCUAAGUUCCACAAUUUUUGGACACCAAAUCGGACUCUCAGGCAGAGAAUCCCAUGAGGAGAUAAAUAUUACAUUCACCCUGCCGGCUGCCUGGAAUUCAGAUGACUGCGUUCUUCAUGGCCACUGCGAGCAGGUUGUGUUCACAACCUGCAUGACUGUGACAGCAGCCAGCAAUGUAUUUCCUGUCACUGUUCAGCCACCGCAUUGUGUUCCUGAAACAUACAGCAAUGCUACACUUUGGUACAAGAUCUUUACCACAGCAAGGGACUCUAAUACAAAAUAUGCACAAGAUUAUAACCCUUUCUGGUGUUACAAAGGAGCAAUCGGAAAAGUGUAUCAUGCUUUAAAUCCCAAGCUAACUGUUAUAGUUCCAGAUGAUGAUCGCUCUCUAAUAAACCUGCAUCUCAUGCAUACCAGUUACUUUCUUUUUGUGAUGGUGAUUACAAUGUUCUGCUAUGCAGUUAUUAAAGGCAGACCAAGCAAACUAAGGCAAAGCAAUACAGAAUUCUGCUCUGAAAAGGUUGCUUUGUCAGAAGCAUAAUCCAUCCUCUCCUUUGACUGAGAAUGACUGAGAACCGUAAUCAUUGCCUGCUGAACCCAGAAUGGGUCUUAACACUCUGUGAAUACAUUAUCUUGCAAUGUUGGUUUAUUCCAACCAAAGACAUUUCAAGUGCCUGUAAUUGAUUUGUACAUAUUUAUAAAAGUAUAUUCAGAAUAGGUCAGAUGAUGCACUUGUUCCGCAUUGUAGUGCGGCCGGAAAUUUUCAGUCUUUACCUGUGGACAUAGCCGAAUGUUUGUGUAGAUAUGUUUAGUGAUAUGGCUACAUAUAGUCAGAGCAAGAUAUUUUUGUCUAGCUGCAUCUGGGCAGGUUAAGAUGCCUUUGCAAGUGUCUCAAACAAACGAACAGAUCUUUUGUUUUUUGCCCAAUGAUAUGUACAGUGUGUUUGAAACAGUAUGCACCUUUGAUAUAAUACUGCAUUUCCAAAGCCACCAAUCUACUACAUGAAUUAAAUGUGUAUUUGUGUGGCCUAAUACUUUCUUCCAUUUGCUCCUUGCUUGCAAGAAAAGAUAUCAACAUUUUAGAUUUUUUUUUUGAAAAAAGAAAUACAUAUUCACAUUUUAAUAGUGCUGUAUUUAGGACAAACUUGUGCUUUUAUUCAUAGUAAAAAAAAUAAGAAGUGAAGUCCCAUUUUAAAAUGUUUCUUACUGAAAAGUGCUAAGUUUAAUUUUUUUUUGUUUAAUUUUUUUUUUAAUUUUUUUUUUUUUUUUUUUUUUUCAUUUGGCUUGCUGAAUGCCAGAGAACCAGUCAGCAUAGAGACUAUCUGGAAAGCUUUCCACUUGGCCUCCCAUCCGCAGCCCUCAAACCAGGAUUGUGUGUGUCUGCUGCAGAGCAGCUUUCUGUAAACUUUUUUUUCUAGAAAGUGAAACUUAAUAAAAAGAUGUAUUGUAUUAACAGUCUGUUGGGGCUCUGCACAGCCUUGGGCAAGUGCAAAUAAUGAAAGGAAAAGAAAUCCCAUAGUCUGUAAUAGAGCUUCACUUUGGGACUCUCCAUCCAUCUCUGAAGGGCAGCUGAAAAUGACACUUUUAUUAGCUUUGUCCUAUUUCCAUUUAAUGCUGUCCACUCAGGGGAAAAUGACAAGGAGAGGACUAUGGCUGUUGCGAUUAAGGUCAAAGAAACCACACAGUAAAACACAUACUGUUCUCUCUGUCCAUUCCUAAAUCAGAGGUUUUAUUCUGCGCGUUUCUCCCUUUCCCAUUCUGGCUUUUGCUCUUUCUUUCUGGCUUCUUACCGAGUAGCCUCCUUAAUUUUCAGGAGUCGGGGUUUUCCUGCAGACUUUUCCACCACUGCUUUUAAAAUCUCACUGGUUGCCUUAAUUGACCUUUCAUCUUGUCUUUCAGCUUUCUCGUCAGGUAGUAUAACUGUAGGUCUGCAUACCUACAUGUAAGCUUUUUUCCCCUCCUUUUGCUCUAAACUACACAAAGGAAGAAACCCAAGUCAAAAUCUCGCAGUCUCAAUUAUGCUGGCAUGAGAUUCUUGGUUCAUUACUUAUAGACACUAUUGAGUGGUACCCUACUGGUCUGUAUGUAUGGGACUUCAGUAAGUUCACGAGUCUUCAGAGCAUUUGAAGCAAAAUAGCCACACUUUUCUUCAGAACAUGUUUCCUUUAUAGAAUUUCACUUACUUAAGUGGUGUUAACUAACAUGCGUUUUUCUCCGGGAGUGUUAAGGCAAAGCUUAGAGAUGGCCUAGUUUGAAGUCUAGGGAUAAAAUGAAGCUUCCAGUUUUCUCCUGAUGCUGCUAUGGGCUAAUACUGCUUCUUUGAAAUGAAUCAGUGAAGUCAAAACAGGUAGACGGCUUCUCAUGAAAACUGUCCGAGCUGUUCCUAAUUCACACAUAGCCAGCCUUCUGCAUUAAUACUGACUUCUAGAGUUGCCUACGAGGGUGGCUUGAUCUGGGGACCAAAGGCAGGAAUAGGAAAUGGAUUGGGAUGGUGUUGCAAAUUCUGGAAAUACCUAGAAAACACCCACCAUAAUGCAACUCCUCGAAAAAAGCAAAGCCAAGUCCUUUCUGUUUCAGCAAAUUAAAAACUAAAACUCCAGAUGUUCUAACUGGAACUUGAUCUGUUGUGGAAAACAGAUUUUUUUUUUUUUUUUUUUUUUUUUAAAUCUGGUUUUGCUAUUUGGUAAUUAGAGGAGCCUGCUUUGCAAUUUAUCACCCACUGUAUUGAAGUACCCAGAAUUGCUAAGAUUAUACAACCCACAAACGCAUAAGGGAAAUGUUAAAGAGUUGUAUUUUUUGGCCUUAGUUUAUCCCUUUGCACCCCUGUAUUGCAGCAGAGAGGUAAGCGUGUCCAUCAGGUUGAAAUGCUGUAAUACUGAGGAAUAUUGGAUUGUUCCUAGGCGCAAUGUACAAAAGUUAAAUGCAGCCAAACAGAAGAGUAAAAACUUAAUAUUAAAGUUCAGAUCAUAUUGAUCUUUCCUUUUUUGUUUUCUUUUUCUUUUUAACUAUGACUUGAAUCAGUUUUGAUUCUAUUUGUACGUGUUUUCUUGUUCUUAGAAAGCUGCCAUUUUCUUUUGCAUUUUUCUUUGGCAUUACAUAGAAAAUCUGAGCCUUGGUUUUCAACCCUCUGCAGGUGAUUGUAGGGUUAAGAUGGCUUUUUUGUUUUGUUUUGUUCUUACAUUUCACUUGUCUUGUUGCAUGAUGGUUAAUAGCUGAUUUGGAAAUGACAUUUCUCUCCUAGAUUAAUUUUGUGUUUGUAAGAUGUGCAUAUUGCUUUGCAGAAUAAAAACAAUGAAGUUUA